UUAAACAUUUCAAAUAACAGCUUAAGACGAAUUAUAUUAAACGGAUAACUACAUAGACUUUUCAUCAUAUUAGUUAAUUUCACAUUGUCUUGCAAUAGGACUAGAUAAUAUUUGUUAUAAGAAACAAUACAUACAAGCUAGCCAGCCUGCCAAGCAGCAGCAUUAGAGCAGACUGUGGAUCAGCGCUAGUAGCUAGGCUAAAGGCUAACCAGCUAACCGUAAUCUAGUCUGCUACAUCGGCUAAUAUCAACGUUUCUUUAUCAGCUGAUUACAGCGUAGGUAGUUUUUAUAAACGGUUUAAAUACACUGCGUGAGUUGUCGUGUAUGGGAUCACCAUGUCAAUGAAGGCCGGUGGGAAUCGGAAACCCGGCGGAAGCAGCAGCGGGGCUGCGGCGGGCUCAGGGGCCGGAGGAGGUGGAGGUCCGGGUGGACGGCAGAGUUUAGGAAGAGGACGGAAUAGUGCCAAAGGACCCACCACUGCAGUGACUUUCAGUGGCGUUUAUGCAAACAUGAGAAUGGUUCAUAUCCUGACCUCAGUCGUGGGAAGCAAGUGUGAACUGAAGGUGAAAAACGGUGGGAUCUAUGAAGGCGUGUUUAAGACCUACGGCCCAGAGUGUGACCUGGUCCUGGACGCAGCCCAUAUGAAAGUUCUGGAGCCCAGCGUCGGGCCGCGCCGUGAGGAUAUCGUGGAACGCAUGAUCUUUAAACCUUCAGACGUGGUGCUGGUUCAGUUCAAAGACGUGGACCUCAACUAUGCCAAGAAAGAUAACUUUACGGACUCUGCGGUGAGUGGCCGUGUGAAUGGAGAGCAUAAGGAGAAGGACCUGGAGCCGUGGGACGGAGGGGAGCAGCAGACCUCAGGCAGUCUGGAGUCGCUGGACAACGACCUGUCUAACGGUUGGGAUCCAGACGACAUGUUUAAAUACAACGAGGAGACGUAUGGCGUGAAGUCCACUUACGACAGCAGCCUGUCUUCAUACACAGUUCCUCUGGAGCGAGACAACUCGGAGGAGUUCCUGCGGAGAGAGGCGCGGGCGGCCCAGCUGGCGGAGGAGAUCGAGGCCAGCUCCACGUACAAGGCCAGACUGGCCCUGGAGAACGACGAGCGCUCCGAGGAGGAGAAAUACACAGCUGUGGUCCGCGGAGAAAGGGACACACACACACACAACAGUAGGGAGAAUAAGUACGUUCCCCCGGGCCAGAGGAACAGAGAGACAGGCCUGUCGUGGGGUUCGGGUCGGCAGAACUCACCCAGACUGGUCCAGUGCAGCCCAGGCCAGUCCACAACCAGAGGUGGAGGGCAGGAGUUCGGCGGCGCGGCAGGAGUGGACCAGCGUGUGGUUAACGGAGGUGCCCAUCCCUGGCCGUCACGCUGUCCAUCUCCUUCCUCUCGCUCUUCCUCCUCUCGUUAUCAGUCUGGCCCCUCCUCCUCUUCAUCAUGCUCCUCCCUCCCACCCCGGGCUGCAACACCCACUCGCCCUCCCUCCCGCCCCCCCUCGCGACCUUCGCGACCUCUGUCUCACCCCUCCCCAGCGCCCAGCUGCUCUCUGCCCAAACGAAUGUCCUGUGAAGGGCCUCCGAGGAUGUCGCCGAAAUCCCAGCGGACUCCCAGGACUCACAGGGUGGCCUCCUCUCGUGGGAGUGGCCCACCAGGUGUGGACUACAUUUCCCAGAGUGCAUCUGGAGAAGUGUCGACUCCUCCUCCUGCUCGAAGCAGCCCCUCCGGGGGAACCUGGUCCUCUGUAGUCAGUGGAGCCCACAGACCCCGUUCACCUCGGCAGAACAGCGUGGGUGGGGCUCCUCCAGGCUCCGCCCCCCUGACAUCCCCACAGGCCGGCACAGUGCCUGUUGACACUGUGACCACUCCCACUUCAGCGACAUCACCGACUGCUGCUAGUCCCGCCUCUAAUCUGGCAGUUACACCUUCAGCAGAGGCAAAAGAGUGGAGAGUCCAGGAGACCAGACAGAAUUCUCCAUCAGCCAAUAAAGAGAAUAUGAGACCAGCAGAGCCUGCUUCCAGUAUCAACAGACCAGUUACUAAAGGCCCCCCCGGCAUGGCCCCAGACCACAGAAAACAGAUCGACAAUUUGAAGAAGUUUAGUGUUGAUUUUAGGUUGCAGUCCAGCUCAAAUCCAGACCCCAUGUUUGAGUCAAUGGUGACAAAACCCCCACGGGACCCAGGCGAAAAACCCAAAGAUCUUCCAUCAGAACCAGCUGGACCCAAAACCAUCCUAGAACCCAAUGCCAAUGACGAGACCACCUCUACGACCCCUGUUACCGUGGCAACUAAUCCUGCAGGCGGAGGAAACAGCAAAUCGGCCACACCUUCCCCUGGUGCCAUGCUAGGCUCCGCCCCUGAACAGAAGAGGGGGCCGGACGUGACAUCACAAGGAGUCCAGACGACUCCACUGACCGGCGGCACAGCGGCAAAACUGGACAGCAAGGAUGAGAAAGAGGACAAGAAAGACCCUGUACCAGACCAAGUCAGAAAAUCCACCCUCAACCCCAACGCCAAGGAGUUCAACCCCAGAGCCUUCUGUACCCCGCCCAAACCAGCCAGUACUCCCACUCUGCCGCGGCCCCAGGGCCAGCCCAGCCCCUCCAUCGUGGUUCAGCAGCCACCGGCUGUUUACGGCCAGACCGUCUGCUUCCCCCAGGUCUACCCGCUCACCCCUGUCAGUCCUGGAGUUCAGGCUCCUGCUCUAUACCAUGUCCAGGUGCCUCACAUGACGGUGAGCCAAACCAAACCUUACAGACCAGGGAAAGUACCCAAUAUGCCGCAGCAGAGACCAGACCAGCACCACCCACCAGCCACGCCCACUAUGAUGCACCCUGCCACCGCUGCGGGACCACCUAUAGUGGCUCCAAGCCCCGCCUACUCCACCCAGUACUUCACCUGUAGCCCACAGCAGUUCCACAGCCAGCCACUGGUACAACAAAUGGCCCAUUAUCAGUCCCAGGCCCAGCAUGUGUUUAGUCCGGUGAUGCAGGGCGGGGCCAGGAUGAUAACUCCACCCACCCAUGGCCAGCCCACUCUGGUCUCCUCCGCCACCUCCCAGUAUGGUGAGCAGACUCACACUAUGUAUGUGUCACCUGCUCCUAUCCCACAGCAGUACCCCCACCCUAAUGCCACCCUGCACCCCCACUCACAGCACCCCCAGCCGGCGGCCACGCCCACGGGCCAACCGCAGCAGGGCGGGGGCCAGCACGGGGCCAGUCACCCCGCCCCCAGCCCGGUUCAGCACCACCAGCACCAGGCUGCCCAGACGCUCCACCUGGCCAAUCCCCCGCCCCCACCUCAGCAGCAGAUGUACUCUGCCCUGGCUCCCACACCCCCCUCCAUGACCCCUGGACCCAACCCUCAGUCUCCCCAGACCAGCUUCCCGUCGGGCCAGCAGACGGUGUACCUCCACCCCCAGCAAGUCCAGCACGGAUUCAACCCAUCACACAUGGCCCAUGUUCAACAGGCCCAUAUGCAGUCAGGGAUGGUUCCUGCCCAUCAUGCUACUCCCUCUCAUCCUCCCAUGAUGCUGAUGACUACUCAACCCCCCGGAGCUCCACAACCCCCUCUUCCCCAAAACGCACUCAACCCCAUCCCUGUGUCCUCCACCACACACUUCUCCUACAUGGCACACGCCCCAGUGCAACCUCAUCACCAGCAGCAGAUGUAGAGGAAGAAGGCAUCUAAUGCCCCCCCCAAUCCCAAACCCCCCUAUCUGCCCCCCUCUGAUCCUCUCCCAAACACACCAUUUCCUGCUCAGCGCCCCGCCCUAACCCCUCCCACCCCUUCAGAGAUGAGGAGAGCGACGUGGAGAUUUUAAACAGAAGUUUUAACGUGAGAGUGGAACCCAGUCAGACCCAUUCAGCUUCAGUGGCUGAGGGCUUUGUCUGUCAGCAGACACAGAGUCCAGACACAGAGUCCAGACACAGAGAGACCGGACCCGCGUGUCUCUACAUUACCACGAACCUCUUCCAACACACGGACAGUAUUACUGUUACUGUUUAACGCUGCUGCUAUAGCUCUAUUCAAGGCUAGGGGUAAACAAACAACAACAAAACAAAAACCAUGGUUCUAACCAAACUAAAGGAAGAGAGGAAAGUUCCAGUGGUGGAGACGUGUUAGGAACGCCGGGUUAAUGAAUUAUUUAUGAACUGAUAUCUAAAGGUGAGCCCCAAGUCACUUCACCCU